CCGGGGUCCGAGCUCUGCCCUGCAGCGGCCACAGAAAUGACCCGUGCAGGGACUGUUCCGGCGAGGUCACGUCCUAAGCCCAGUAGGGGGGCGGUGUGCGGAUCCUCUGGGCCUCCCCAAAGCGACCGGAAGGUGCCUUGGGAACCCUGAAGCCAAACUGAGCCAUGACACAGCCAUUGGAGCCCCCAGAGAGGGCCUUGUGUGAGGAGACUUGGAGUUAUCUGUGAGAAAGCCUUUGAAGAGCCCCCCGCCCCCACAGGGACGCUCUUGGCUCCCGUGAGGAAGAGGCUGUGGGGCCUAGGCCCCUCUGCCUGGGCAGCAGACGGCUGGGCUGCAGCUAUGGACCGUGAGCUGGCCCAGCCCGUGUCCUUGCUGAGCCUGCCCGUCUGCAGCUGCUCCCACAUGGGCUCCUCAGUGUACAUCACAGUGGAGCUGGCCAUUGCUGUGCUGGCUGUCCUGGGCAACGUCCUGGUAUGCUGGGCUGUGUGGAUCAACAGCAACCUGCAGAAUGUCACCAACUACUUUGUGGUAUCGCUGGCGGCAGCUGACAUCGCAGUGGGUGUGCUCGCCAUCCCCUUUGCCAUCACCAUCAGCACUGGGUUCUGCGCUGCUUGCCACGGCUGCCUCUUCUUCGCCUGCUUUGUCCUGGUUCUCACCCAGAGCUCUAUCUUCAGCCUUCUGGCCAUUGCCAUUGACCGCUACAUCGCCAUUCGCAUCCCACUUCGGUACAAUGGCUUGGUGACUGGCACGAGGGCCAAGGGCAUCAUUGCAAUCUGCUGGGUGCUGUCAUUUGCAAUCGGUCUGACACCCAUGCUGGGUUGGAACAACUGCGGUCAACCAAAGGAAGGCAGGAAUCACUCUCAGGACUGCGGCGAGGGUCAGGUGACCUGUCUCUUUGAGGACGUGGUGCCCAUGAACUACAUGGUAUACUACAACUUCUUUGCUUUUGUGCUGGUGCCCCUGCUGCUCAUGCUGGGCAUCUACUUGCGAAUCUUCCUGGCGGCCCGGCGACAGCUGAAGCAGAUGGAGAGCCAGCCCCUGCCAGGGGAGAGGACUCGGUCCACACUACAGAAGGAAGUCCACGCUGCCAAGUCACUGGCCAUCAUUGUGGGUCUCUUCGCCCUCUGCUGGCUGCCCCUGCACAUAAUCAACUGCUUCACCUUCUUCUGCCCCAAAUGCAGCCAUGCUCCUCUCUGGCUCAUGUACCUGGCCAUUGUCCUCUCCCACAGCAAUUCUGUUGUUAAUCCUUUCAUCUAUGCCUACCGCAUCCGCGAGUUCCGCCAGACCUUCCGCAAGAUCAUUCGCAGCCAUGUUCUGAGACAGCGGGAACCCUUCAAGGCAGGGGGCACCAGCGCCCGAGCCUUGGCAGCUCAUAGCACCGAGGGAGAGCAGGUUAGCCUUCGCCUCAAUGGCCACCCCCCAGGGGUGUGGACAAAUGGCAGUGCCCCCCAUCCUGAGCGGCGACCCAAUGGUUAUGCCUUGGGGCUGGUGAGUGGAGGGAAUGCCGAAGGGUUCCACAGGGAUGCCAGCCUCGCAGAUGUGGAGCUCCUCAGCCAUGAGCACAAGGGAGCAUGCCCAGAGUCCCCUGGCCUAGAGGACCCCUUGGCCCAAGGUGGAGCAGGAGUAUCCUGAGGGUGCAUAGAGUUUGCCCCUUCCUGAGAGAAGGAAAUCUUAAUCUUUCUGGUUGGCUGGACCAGUCACAUUGGGAGAAGAGAAGAACAAGUGUGCUGGGAGACCCAUUAGGCGUCUGAUUCCCACUUUGGACUGAGAGGAAGGAGCCCCAAGCUGGAGCAGCAUGAGGCCCAGCAAAAAGGGCUUAGGGUUCAAGGAAGCAGACGUUUCAUGCUGUCGGGCCCUGCACUCGGCCAGGGCCACAGCAGCAGCAGCAUCUUGGCUGGGCAGGGCCCAGUCCCCCCUCCAGAAGUAUCUAAAAGCCCCACCUUAUCUGCAGAGAAGCUGUGAUCUGAGGCUGGGGAGUGCCUGCAACAGACCACCUGCCAUACACACCAUCCUUGGCAGACUUGCUAGGGCUCAGGGAGCUGCUGGACUGGAGGUGGCACUUGACUCCCCCCAUGCCCCAGGAGAAGAUCUAAGUGGGAGGAAAUCCUUUCUAUUUUAUUAUCAUCCCCUCCCUGGCUUCUGGGCCUGUUGUCCAUCCUGCUGCUAACCUGGCACCAGGAGUUUGCCCAGGGAGUCUCAGGCGGCCCUCUCCUGCUGCCACAAACUGCCAUGCACUUAGUCCCAGGCCCAACUCUUAGGGUGACGAAGCUGGGCUGGAGGACAGAAAGUUGUAAUGGGAACAGUGCCAGGGUGUGGGUUCAGAUCCCAAGGGAGAAGUCAGGACUGGCAGGCCAAGGACCUGUGCCUGGGCAGCUCAGAGCUGCCCAAUUAGAGGCCCUGUCUAACUGCCUUUACUUCUAAAGGGAAUGUUUUUUUUUUUUUCUUUUCUGAGAUAAAAUAAAAAUGAGCCACAUUGUGUUUUAAGCUUGUCCAGUGAAAAUGGUGUCUGAGUUCCUUUCCCUACUCCAUAGCCAGGCCUGGUGAACAUAUACGGGUGUGUUUGAUUAUGUGUGAGAGAGUGUGUGCUUAUGUGCAGACAGACAGAAGAUACACUGCCUGCCCUCCGGGCCUCCCCAGGCUCCCGUCCUCCCCAGCGACAGACUGCCUGAUUGCACCAGAAUCUAAAUGUCCACAGGGGCUCCCAGAACUGCAUUCCUGUAAGAGGCCCCCUCAUUCCCUGCAGACACCGUAGGAGGAGGGGCUCUUUGCCUAACUGCUUCUUUCCUAGGGUCACUGACCCCUCCAGCCCUAGGCAUUCGUGGUAUUAUCUUUUCAGAGCUAUGUCCCCCACCCCCAACCCCUGCUCCAUUCCUCAGCUGAGAGGCCACAGAGUAUUUGGAAACAGAUGGGGCUAGGGCUACACUGCCUUCUCCUAAGACCCCUCUCCUUCCUCCCAACAAGGAAACCCUAAGGUCUUGCUUUGAGCCUGGGCUCUGGGGCUCCCUGCCUGAAGGGGUGGUGCUGUCCUCCUGGCUUGAUCAAGUCUGCCUGUGGUUGGCAGGGAGAUGUGAUUGUUCCCUGAAGGGCUCUGAGAGCUAGUUUGGUCUCACUGAGGCUGGGACUCAGGAAAGGAGUGUUAGAACUUGACAAGUGAUAUUAGGAGCCCCAUUUUGUAGAUGAUUAACAAUCUCAGAGAGGUCAAGUUCUUGCUCCAG